AUGAGUGCAAGAAAACGUGGCAGAUCCAAUUCUUCAGCAGAGCACGAGCAGAAUUUUUGGAAAAGAAGCAAAUUUCGUGCUGUAUUCGUUCACAUCGCCCUGGUUAUCACGUGCAUAACUUAUAUUGUGCUUGGAGCGCACCUGUUCCAGAAGAUUGAACGACCUCUUGAGCUUGAAAAGAGGACUGAAGCUUUGGAAUUGUUUGACAAAAUGAGCAAAGAAUUCGUUUCGAAUGUCAGUGAAAGAGGUGACGAUGUGGAACAGACCGUCGAUGCUUACAUAAGGAACAUUCUGCUGCUCUUUGAAAAUCCUCACUAUGCUCAUGUAUUUGAAACUCACUUCACCAACCAAUCAUUGGAGAAGGAUAUUUGGACAUUUCCAGCUGCGGUGUUAUUCACGACUACCACUAUCAUUCCUGUUGGAUACGGUAACGUCUGUCCCAGUUCGGAGAUGGGGAAACUUUUGCUAAUUGUCUAUGGAAUCGUCGGGAUGCCGUUGGCCCUUGUCACUAUGGCUGACACAGGGAAGUUCCUAAGCCGAUUCGUCACAGUCUGUUUUAAUGAGUCUAUGGCAUGGCCGACAGGAAUAUUUCUUUUCCUACUAUGCUUUUAUCCGGUGAUUGGUGGUUUUUUAUUUCAUUAUUUUGCUGACCUGCAAUUUCGGGAUGCUAUUUACUUUAGUUUCACUUCAAUAUUCACUAUUGGAUUCGGAGACUUAAUGGUGAGUCAGUCUCUGGAUUAA